UCAUGGAGAAGUCUUCCCUGAUUACCAACUUGAAUCCCACAGCAGCCUCCAUCUCUCUCUGGACAAAAUGAGAAGCUGACUGUAACCAGAUGUAAGUGGCCAUCAUGGGGAAAUUGAUCAGGAUGGGGGCACAAGAGAGGCGGUUACUCCGGCCAAAGAGGCUUCAUUGGAGUCGCCUCCUCUUCCUACUGGGAAUGUUGAUCAUCGGUUCCAUCUACCAGCACCUGAGGAGACCUCGGAGCCUCCCAUCGCCAUUGACAGACGUCUCUCCCCAACAGCCUAUUAAACUGGCCAACCAGGACCUCCCCAUCAGUGAGAUGAUAGUGGUGAGCAGUGACCCCCCAGAAGCUAGCUCUGAAAUGGAGGGUGAUAUGCUGGCACCCCAAGCCACAGGGGGCAGGAAUGAAGCGACACCUAGCAUAACAAUGGAUGAUAACCCCAGUCCACCCAGAACAACAACCAAGAUCACUCCAAUACCACCAAAGAGUAGUGACAGCCCUAAAACAGCAACAAUAGCAAGUUUGAAAAGAGGGAAGAAAAACACUCCACCCACACCAAACAGAGUACCAAACCACCUCAUUCCAACUUCAGGCAGACAGAGAGUAAGAAGCUAUACCCCAGCACUCAGGGGAGGAAGGAGGAGCUCCAUCCCAACUCAUGCCAGGGGAAAAGGAAGGAAGUACCCAACAUCUCCAGCAGUGGCACCAUCCACAGUCACAACAGGAGCAAGCCAAGUCAUCACCCCCACGACGACAGGGAAAGAGAGUGAAGCUGUGGCAACCUAUAGAACGUUGGUAAUCAGAUCUCCUAAGAGGAUGGUAGGAGAAACCACCACAAAUACUCUCAAAGGAAUAGUUCAGAGCACCCCAACUUUCUUUACACAUGAAGUAGAAACAAACUUUUUGACUUCUCUGGGUUUGGUGGAAAUGAACACCCCAAGCAACCCCAGAAAAGGGGAAAAUAAUAGUUCUGUCAGACACCAGGGAACAGUCCCAGAGCACACCUCAGCCACCUCUGAGGGGCAAGUGACAAUAAGCACCAGUCUGGGUAGCAACCUAGCAACCAUCGAAACGUCUGUUGCUGCCUGGAGUGUCAGCAAUCCCUUGUCCCAAACUAGUGCACCAAGUGUUAGAACUGCCUCAGCCGUGAAUGGGGAGCUAGCAAAGAGACCUCACACAGCACACAGCACCUCAGUAACCCCCAAAGUCAUCACAAUCCUGACCUCCCAGGUCCGCCACUGUGUGGUUGUAGAGCCAGCUCUAGCCACACCCAUCAUCCCAUCCCAGAGUGUGACAACCAUCUUAUUCCCAGAUGCACCCAGUCCCAGUCCCUCAGAUUUACAGCCUAGCUGGCCACACCUCUACCCCAAGGCAGAAUAUCCCCUAGACCUAUUCAGUGUGGAGGAUCAGCGGCAGGGCUGGGUGACUCUGCAUGUCUUCGGCAUGAUGUUUGUAGCCUUGGCCAUCGUGUGUGAUGAGUACUUUGUUCCAGCUCUGGGAGUCAUCACAGACAAGCUACAGAUCUCUGAGGAUGUGGCAGGGGCCACAUUCAUGGCAGCCGGAGGCUCUGCCCCUGAGCUCUUCACCUCCCUCAUUGGAGUCUUCAUCUCCCACAGCAAUGUGGGCAUUGGUACCAUAGUGGGCUCUGCUGUGUUCAACAUUCUUUUUGUCAUUGGAACCUGCUCCCUCUUCUCCCGGGAGAUCCUCAACCUCACCUGGUGGCCCUUGUUUCGUGAUGUCUCCUUCUAUAUCCUUGACCUGUCCUUGCUCAUCUUCUUCUUCCUGGAUAGCCUCAUCGCCUGGUGGGAGAGCCUGCUGCUGCUGCUGGCCUAUGCUCUUUAUGUGUUCAUUAUGAAGUGGAACAAGCAGAUCGAGCUCUGGGUGAAAGAGCAGCUCAACAGGAGGCCAGUGGCCAAGGUCAUGGCCUUGGGGGAUCUCAGGAAGCCUGGUGAUGGUGCCAUUGAGGAGAAUGAACCGCAGGAUAACAAGAAACUGAAACUACAGUCGAUGUUGAUCCACGGGGGCAGCUCAGCUGCCUCUCUGCACAACAGUAUCAUCCGCAGCACCAUCUACCACUUCAUGCUCCACAGCCUGGACCCUCUGGGGGAAGACCUCCCCUCCAAGGACAAGCAGGAGAGCUUGAAUCAGGAGGCCAGAACCCACUCUCAGACCAAAGCAGAAAGAAGCCCAGAUGAGGAGGAGCCAGCUGAGCUCCCUAUGGUCACAGCCACUCCAGCCCCUGCUCCAGACAUGAAGGGUGAUCAGGAGAAGGAUCCUGGUGGCCAGGUAGAUGUGGCUGGAGCUGAAAACAUAGGAGAUGUGACAGGUGAAGAGGGUGAAAUUCAACCAGGAAAAGGGGAAGCUGAGGCAGAAGGAAAAGAAGAAGGGGAAACUGAGGCAGAAGGAAAAGAAAAUGAACAAGAAGGGGAAACAGAAGAGCAUGAAGAGGAAACUGAAGCAGAAGGAAAAGAAGAUGAAGAUGAAGAGGAAGGUAAAAUUCAAGCAGAAGACAGUGAAGUAAAAGGUGGUGGAGGUGAAACGAAAGACAACAUUAAAAAUCAAGGUGAGGCCGCCAAAGAGAAUGGUGCUGAUGGUGAGGGCAGAAGUGAUGGAGAAGACAGUAAAGAGGAAGAGGAUGAGGCUGAUGAGGAGGAAGAGGAAGAGGAGGAAAAUGAGGAGCCUCUGUCCCUGGACUGGCCUGAGAGCAGGCAGAAGCAGGCCAUUUACCUAUUCCUCCUGCCCAUUGUGUUCCCACUGUCUGUGCCUGACGUCCGGAGGCAGGUUGGUGAAACCAUAGGGAUUUCUGAAGAGAUUAUGGGCUUGACAAUCCUAGCAGCAGGCACGUCAAUUCCUGACCUCAUCACCAGUGUGAUCGUUGCCCAGAAAGGCCUGGGUGACAGGUCAAGCUCAGUGGGCAGUAACAUAUUUGAUAUUACUGUGGGUUUGCCUGUCCCCUGGCUGCUCUUUUCUCUCAUCAACGCACUGCAGCCUGUUCCAGUCAGCAGCAAUAGCUUGUUCUGUGCAAUUGUUUUGCUUUUUCUCAUGCUCCUGUUUGUGAUCUUCUCAAUUGCAUUGUGUAAAUGGAGGAUGAACAAGAUCUUGGGCUUCACGAUGUUCCUUCUUUACUUUGUAUUCUUGAUAAUCAGUGUGAUGUUAGAAGAUCGAAUCAUAUCCUGUCCUGUUUCUGUCUGACUCAGUCACCGAU